AUGUCAGUAACGAGUGAAACAUGUGUCAAUCGAAAGGUGAAGAAUGUAAGAAAAGAACGAGAGAUAGCCGAUAGAUCUCAAACAUUAAUGUCUUUGCCAAGUUGGAAUAUAACACGUCAUCGUUCGCAUUCUUGUCGAGAAAAAACUACUCGAGCACCCAGUGAAUUACAUCGUCAAGCUAUCGAACGUAUCCAACAUCGUUUCGAACAAGAAUUAAGUAAAAGUGAACGAGACUUACAAUGGGCAAUAAAUCAACGAAAUGAUUCUUCAUUAGCACAAGAGUAUAUUGGAAAUCUUCGACAUAAACUUAAAAAUGAUUAUAAUCAACUUGUUCAAGAAAAAGUUGACGAAAUUGAAAAAUAUAUGAAUCAACGUUAUAACAAAGAACGUCGAUUAUAUCAACGAAAACUACAAAAAACACAAAUUGAAAAUGAAAAAUUUCGUAUGCAAGAAAUUAAUCAAGUUGUUCGUGAACAGGAUGUUAUUUGUGAAGAAAAAUUAGCUGCUCAAAGAAGUUUUUAUAAUCGUCUUCUUGAUGAACAAGCAGGACGUUUACGUGCUGAACGCAGUCUUCAAUCAUUUGAAUCUCUUAAUAUAGAACAAUUAAAAGAUCGAUUAACUCGUGUAGAACAUUCAAAUUGUGAAUUAAAAAAAGUUAUUCAAAAUUUAAUAAUUAAUCGAAAACCGAUAUAUAAAAGUGCAGUUUAUAUACCGAAUUUUACUAUUUAA